GUGUGAAGGUGGUGGGGAGGUGUGAGGGCUAAGUCGGCGCUCUCUGCUUUCCUUCAUUCAUUUUUUAAUCGGACCAAUGUUUGCAUGCAUGUUUACAUGCUUACCGUGGGCCGGGCUGGCGCAGUGCUGUGCCUAGGGAAGUCCCUGCCCUGGGGACAAAUGGCAUCUUACACAGUUAAUUAUGGAGGAAAGGCGGGGUGCGGUGGCGUGAACAGCAAAGGACCUGACUCUCGGGUAACGGGAGGUGAUGCUUGAGCUGAGCUCGGAAGCAUGAUUAAGAGUGAGCUUUGGGAAAGGGGUGCAGGUGUUUUGUUGUGGACAGGGCCUCAGAGGCGUGUUGAGGGGCUGGGAGAUGGCCGGGGCUGCUGAAGGGCAAGCUGAAGGCAGGAUGCGUGGCUGUGGAGUGCGCAGCGGCCCGGUUGCAGGCCUAGUGGGCUGUGCUGGGUUCGGUCUGCUGAGGUUGGGCCUGGUUGUGGAGGGCCUGUAGGAGUCUGGAUCUGUAGGGGUUUUAAACAUAGGAACAAGAUGACUAGCAUUGUGUUCUAGAAAGGUCCCUCUGGCUGUUGUGUGAGACUUGGGCCCAACUGAGUCUUUGGAAGUGAAGUUCGGAGAGGAAGUGACCGACGUGAGAAGCGGAGGGGAGCACUGUUUCCGGGGACUUGGGCCAGGUGCUGACGUUCGGCACAGAGCCUGGCGCUCGCAGGGACUUUGAUCAAAGGCUUGGUCUGCGCCUAGACGUUGAGCCCAUGUGGGAGGCAGCAGGAUCUGGACCAGACUCGAGGUGCUUUCUACUGUCAUGACCACUGAGUGACCUUAGAUCAGUUCCUUCGUCUCUCCAGUCUCUCCAGCUUCCUUUCCUUGUGGAAGGAACUCUGAUGUUCCUUAAGAUGGCCUGAUAUGAAGGAAUCACGCCUCCCGACUCCCCAAGCUGCCUCGUCCUUCAAGUGCAAGAGCUGGUUGAAAUGUCGGGAAUGGAAGCCAAUGUGACUAUCCCAAUCUGGCAAAACAAACCGCACGGGGCUGCUCGCAGUGUAGUAAGAAGAAUCGGGACCAACCUGCCCCUGAAGCCAUGUCCCCGGGCAUCCUUUCAGACCUUGCCCAACGUCUCUGAUCUGUGUCUGAGGGACGUGCCCCCAGUCCCGACUCUGGCUGACAUCGCCUGGAUCGCUGCAGAUGAAGAGGAGACAUAUGCCCGGGUCAGGAGUGAUACACGCCCCCUGAGGCAUACCUGGAAACCCAGCCCUCUGAUUGUCAUGCAGCGCAAUGCCUCCGUGCCCAACCUGCGUGGGUCUGAGGAGAGGCUCCUGGCCUUGAAGAAGCCAGCCCUGCCAGCCCUAAGCCGCACCACAGAGCUGCAGGAUGAGCUGAGCCACCUGCGAAGCCAGAUCGCUAAAAUAGUGGCAGCUGAUGCAGCUUCAGCUUCGACUUCAUUAACGCCAGAUUUCUUAUCUCCAGGAAGUUCAAAUGUCUCUUCUCCCUUACCUUGUUUUGGAUCCUCAUUCCACUCUACAACUUCCUUUGUCAUUAGUGACAUCACCGAGGAGACCGAGGUAGAGGUCCCCGAGCUUCCAUCAGUCCCCCUGCUUUGUUCUGCCAGCCUUGAAUGUUGCAAACAAGAACACAAAGCUACCUGCAGCUCGUCUGAAGAGGAUGACUGCGUCUCUCUGUCCAAGGCCAGCAGCUUUGCAGAUAUGAUGGGAAUCCUGAAGGACUUUCACCGGAUGAAACAGAGCCAAGAUCUGAACCGGAGUUUAUUGAAGGAGGAGGACCCUGCCGUCCUUAUCUCUGAGGUUCUAAGGAGGAAGUUUGCUCUGAAGGAAGAAGAUAUCAAUAGAAAAGGAAACUGAUAACACUCAGCUCUGCAAACUCAGUUUUGUGCUCCUGGAAUCCUCAAUAGCUGCCUUCUUCACUGCAGAUGUUUCUGCCUCUCCAUUAGAAGUUUUCUGCAACAGUCUUGCCAAAAACUAGAACUUGGACUGAAAGAGCUGGAUUGUUUCCCAUACUUCAAACCUUAGCAGAAGCUAAGGCCUGUUUUGAGCUGAGACACCUGUUACAGGUAAAUGUGUAAGUUGGAAUGUUUCAAUCUAAAGGCUGAGCCAGCGUUUCUGGGUUUUCCUCACCCCUGUGUGAAAAUAGGUCCUGAAUGACUGACUUCACUGCAUUAGACCCCAUAACUGGUCUCACUGGACACUGCACCCAGCUGUCACUUUCAGGAGCUUCCUUGCAGCAAGCCAAGGGAGCUCUAAAUGUUUAUGUACAUGUUCACAGGGCAGAAAAAAUCUUACGCUGCUCCAUCAUAUACUGGCACCAAUGCCCAGCAGUCACCCUCUCCCCUGUCCAACACCCAGAAGUAGAGGUCUGGCCUCUGAACCAGCUGAUGUUUGGGCUGCUUCUGGGAGGCCUGGGCUGUUUUUUUCUUAAAUAUAUUUUGUAAUACUGUACAACCAAAUCUACCCUCCAAGGCCCUGGGGCCUCAUUGGUUCCACUGACUGAGCUCUUGCUCUUCCGUGGACUUUAGUUUAAGCCCAGCAGAAAAGAGAAAUGGGGAGGGGGAGGAGAAUACCAUCUUUCUUGCAGGCCCUGACUUCUCCUUUGCAUUGGGACAAGGUUUGUACCCACACCAUGCAUGACCCAGACACCCUCAGGUCCCUUUCUCUACGAUAUGUAUUGUGUGUGUUCGGGUUGAAGCACUACCUGACAUUAAAGGAAGGAUUUGCAGAGAUACUGCA